CCGCCGGGCUGGAGCCACGUCGUCCUGACAGUCUUCGCGGACUUUUUGUGUAUUUUGGCUAAGCAGGAAAAUGUCGGAGACCGCGCCAGUUGCUCCUGCUGCUUCCGCACCUGCAGAGAAAACACCUGUUAAGAAGAAGGCGAAAAAGGCGGGCGUUGCUGCUGGAAAGCGCAAGGCGUCCGGGCCCCCGGUGUCCGAGCUCAUCACCAAGGCGGUGGCCGCGUCCAAGGAGCGCAACGGCCUCUCCCUGGCCGCGCUCAAGAAGGCGCUGGCGGCCGCCGGCUACGACGUGGAGAAGAACAACAGCCGCAUCAAGCUGGGCCUCAAGAGCCUGGUGAGCAAGGGGACCCUGGUGCAGACCAAGGGCACCGGCGCCUCGGGCUCCUUCAAGCUCAACAAGAAGGCGGCCUCCGGGGAGGCCAAGCCCAAGGCCAAGAAGGCGGGCGCGGCCAAGCCCAAGCGGGCGGCGGGGACGGCCAAGAAGCCCAAGAAGGCAGCGGGGACCGGCACCCCCAAGAAGAGCGCCAAGAAGACCCCGAAGAAGGCCAAGAAGCCCGCCGCGGCCGCCGUCACCAAGAAGGUGGCCAAGAGCCCCAAGAAGGCGAAGGCGGCCAAGCCCAAGAAGGCGACCAAAGCCAAAGCCCCGAAGCCCAAGGCGGCCAAGCCCAAAGCGGCCAAACCCAAGGCGACAACAAAGGUAAAGAAAGCUGCGCCUAAGAAGAAGUAAAAGUUGCAGCUCCUGGAUGUCUUGCAAAUAUCAAAGGCUCUUUUCAGAGCCACCCACUAAUAUCCGGCAAAAGAGCUUAGUACUAGUAAGUAUAGUGCAUUUUGCCUUUUCCGCUCGUUGCGCGUUCCCAGCCCGCGGUGCGUUUUCAGUUUAGCGCCGCUGUCUGAUUGGCUCGCUGGCACUUAAAGCACUUUGUUUUGCAACCGCCAUUCCGGGUCACCGUUACCGUAGGAGAGACUUGGCUCUGAAAAGGGCCUUUGGCUUUGGGGGAAGUAAUAGCUGUGAAACUCUAAACUUGCUCUUGGCCUUGUGGGCUCUCGGUCUUCUUGGGCAGCAGCACGGCCUGGAUGUUGGGCAGGACGCCGCCCUGCGCGAUGGUCACGCGGCCCAGCAGCUUGUUGAGCUCCUCGUCGUUGCGGAUGGCCAGCUGCAGGUGGCGCGGGAUGAUGCGCGUCUUCUUGUUGUCGCGGGCCGCGUUGCCCGCCAGCUCCAGGAUCUCGGCCGUCAGGUACUCCAGCACGGCCGCCAGGUACACCGGCGCGCCCGCCCCGACCCGCUCCGCGUAGUUGCCCUUGCGGAGCAGGCGGUGGACGCGGCCCACUGGGAACUGGAGCCCGGCCCGCGACGAGCGCGUCUUGGCCUUGGCGCGAGCCUUGCCGCCCUGCUUCCCGCGACCUGACAUGUUAGAGAAGAACGUGUAACUCUUAACUAAUUAGGAAUUGUUACUAUAGUCUCCGAUUGUUAAGCGAAAUUUCCUUUCCCAUUGGUUUGCAGAGCUGUUGAGAGUUAGCCAAUCAGAAGGUACUCUGGGUUUACGGUACCUCCGUUAAAGCAAAUACUUAACCAAUUAGAGAUUGAGAUAAAAAAUUUUAUAUAUUUCCAAACAAUGGGAAAUCUUGGAUUUUUUCCCCCUUGAUCAGAUGGAGUCUUUUGAGGGACUAUUCACGGUAUUCUUCGCUAAAGCCGCAUAAUUUUUUGCCACCCUGGUGCUAAGGAAUAGUAAAAAGUGUGUCACCUCUGGUGGUUUAUAGUUUAUCCUCCCUACCAGAUUCCUUCCCCUAGUUUGUUGAGAGGUACCAGGGGAGCCAUGGUUGGCUGCCGAUUUUUCUGCUGAAUAGGCAGCAGGAAUUGGAAAGGUGAAACACAAUAAAAGAAAAAUCUCGGGGAAGGCUGUGUGGUUGGCUAGCAAGUUCCUGGAGUUGAGGUGACCAGUGGAAAGUAAAUUGGUUCUAGAUGGUUUGAUCCAGGGCCACUUUUUUCCCAGGGCAGAAAUGUUCCUAUUUAUUUCUGGGAAGCCCACUUAAUUUUACUGGGAAAUUUGACAAAAAUCGAAGUCCUACAGAUCAUGAUGGGGCUGUAAACCUGAUGGGGAAACAUUGUGUCUUUAUUUCUACAAAGUGUAAAGGCAACUUCUCUUUUCCUUCCAUGACGUGUGUAGGGAACUAAUGACAAUGGAUAUUGCAAGUUCCUGUGGUUUUUUCAGAAAUUGGAAGCACAGAUGUUAAUUCUUAUCACUUGAAGUACUGCAGAUAUCUUUUUUUAAAUUUUUUUUUAAAUUAAAAAAAAAAUUAUUCAUGAGAGACCAGCAGAUACAUAGGAGAGAGAAGGCUCCUCGGAGGGAGGCUCAUGUGGGACUUGAUCCCCAGACCUGGGAUCAGGCCCUGAGCCAAAGGCAGACGUUCAACUGCGAGCCACCCAAGCAUCCCAGUACUGCAGAUAUCUUGAAAUAACCUUUAUACUCAUAGUGAGCUCAUGACCCCUUCAUUAUUCUACAUGCUACUCCUAGUUAUUUGAUGAGUUCCUAAUGAAAGAUAUUAUUACAUGCACAUACUUAAAAGAAAUACACUUUGAUAAUUUUAAAAUAUUUUGUUUAUUUGAGAGAGGGAGACCACAGAGAGAGAAGCAAGCUCCCCACUGAACAGGGAAGCCUGGCUUGGCGCUCCAUCCCAGGACCCGAAAUCAUGACCUGAGCUGAAUGAAGGGAGAUGCUUAAGUCACUGGGCCACCCAGGCACCCCGAUAACUAUUUUAAUUUUGCUUUCUUAUUCUGUAUGCCUUAAGUAUUGAGAAGAUGUUGUCUAUAUAGGUUCCCCCAGACUAUCCAUAGCGUCCAUAGUAGGAUAGAAGUCCUAAACUUCUGAGCCUAUCUAUCUCCAGUGGGCACAAUACCUCAUACUUGAAAUACUUUUCACUUUCUUUCUUAGAGCCUCCCUUUCCUAUGCUUAUUGUUCAAUAGCUUAUUGAAAUUGACUAUUAAAAUUUUCUCACAACUAGGUGGCGUGAUGUAGCCUGUAAGUAUCUUUCUAGUUCUUCUAAGCAGGAGUUCGGUUUUUCCCAAUUACAGCUACUCCCCAUAUUUUCUUCUUUCCAGAAAGUCUAAAAAACCUUGAUGACAUUGGUUUGUAUGAGAAUGAGAUCUGGAGAAAUGAGGAGAAUGAAAUAUUUACUGAAAAGAACCUUUUUGAAGACAAAAGUUGUGUGGAGGGGAGUAAGGUUCAAGAGACCCAUGAGCUCUUUAAUACUCAGAAUGAGAUUGCUGGACUUCUGAUGAAGAGGAAUGGGGAAUAUGAGAAUUAUGCUAGAAUGUGACAUUCAAUGAGUGGUCAAAUGACUACAGAAUAUCUCUGUAGUUCCUUACAAUUUACAGAACAAUCUGAUUGCAUUCCUAGGAAGCAUUUGCAUUAGGUAUAGUUAAAAUACUUGUUUCACAGUGAAGAAAAUUGUAGCUUAGAAAGAUGAAAUGGGCAGAAUUGCCUUGUCAGUAAAGGGUGAAUCUGGGUCUCACAAGUUUCUGUGUUCCUGGGGCCUGUUUCUUUACACUGCACCCCAUCUAUUCUAUAAACUACAAAAGGAGUGGAGUUCUUGGUUUCAUUUUUAGGCUCAGCCAGCAUGAUAGUAGAAUUUAUAUGAUUCCCUUGUAGGCCCUUUGUGAGUUAUCUAUUUCACAAGCCCUUUGUAAUGCUUCAGACACAAUUAAACAUGAUUUAAUCAAUGACCUAGGAAUUAGUUUUCAAAUUCCUUUCCCUAGGACAGGCCUUGAUUUUUCUUUUCAAGGGCAUCAGAACUUAUUACAAUCUUUUUCCAUCUCCCCCAAUUUUUGAUACAGUCAAAUCAUAAGUAAAGAAGACUAAAGACAUUUUAGUGUACUCUCUGCACCAGGAAGUGAUAGUGCAGGAAGCUCAUUCCCAGUCACUAUAUUUUACUACUAACCACAUGCCUAGGAUGGUCUCCCUGUGAGGAUCUCUUGGAAUGCUCAUGUUUGGGUUUCUGAUGCUCUUUUGCUGCACAAAGAUGGUCUGUCAAUUAUAGUGGCCAAACCCAGGUUUAGAAAAAAUCCCAACAGAGCAGAAUGACACUUCAGGAUGGUAAAAUAUCAGACAGGAUCCUGUGUUUAUAGUUCUCUCUCAACCAUACAGCCCAAUUGACCAACCAAUCAAUAUCAAUCAGUCGUCUUUUUUUUUUUUUUUUAAGAUUUUAUUUAUUUAUUCAU